AGCUCACAGGAACACUGUCAAGGCUGGUGAUCAGCGGCUGUUUGGAUAUUUGAACGCGAUACACAUCACAGAGAGAAAACAAAUCGUGAAAAGAAUCAAAAAUUCUUCUACAAUGAGCAAUAUAAGUAUCUCAUUCCUGACUGGCCCCAAAACUACUCCUGACCCUGAUGAUGAAAACCUUGUGGAAAAUGACUAUUCUACAGCCAUUGGUGCCCUGAUCCUCAGCUUGGUCUUCCUCCUGGGUGUCCCUGGAAAUCUCUUCAUUGUCUGGAGCAUCCUGGCCCGCAUCCGGCAACGCUCAGUCACCACCCUCCUCAUCCUUAACCUAGCAUGUGCUGAUGGGUUCCUCAUGGCUCUCACAAUCUUUUUCAUCAUCUACCUGGCCAUGCAGACGUGGGUCUUUGGUAACGCCAUGUGCAAAAUCGUCUUCUACCUGUGCAACUCCAACAUGUAUGCGUCAGUAUUUCUGAUAACGCUGAUGAGCGUGCACAGACUGUUGGCUGUGGUCUUUCCACACACACUGUAUCACCUGAUCACCAGGAAGGUUGUGAGGAGGGUGAUCCUAGGCACAUGGGUGCUAGUGAUGGUCAUGUCUAUCCCCUCGCUGGUGUUUCGAGACCUGAAAGAAGAAACUGAUGAUAUGAAUCAAACAACAUAUGUGUGUGCACCCAAUCACACUCUGCGUAGACACGUGAGGUUUCAGUACGCCUUUGAGACAGUGGCAGGAUUCAUUAUUCCUUAUGCAAUCAUUAUAACCAGUUACGUUCUCAUCCUGAAACGCCUGAGGGAGACCAAGUUCCAACGAAAUGUCCGCAACGAGAAACUCAUCCUGGCUAUCGUCAUCAUCUUUGGCCUGUUCUGGCUGCCGUACCACGUCAUCAACCUGGUACAGGUGGCAGCUGAGUGGUACCCAAAGAACUCAGAAACUAAAAAAGUAUUGCACCAUAUCGCUGAGUCGACCCGGGCAGUGACCUCAGCUUUGGCCUUCAUCAGCAGCUGUGCCAACCCGGUCCUCUACACCUUUGCUGGGAAAUCCUAUAUCAAGAAUAAUGGCUUCACCUUUAUGGCUAAGCUGUUUGAAGGAACCUCUUCAGAGCAAACAGGAACCAAAAACACCCAGUUCACAACAAAAGGCAAUCUAGAAAAGAAUAACGUUGAUUUUGAAAAUCAUACACUGACUUCUACUCAACAAAAUCAGUGUUGAAUGAACUUAAUGCACUGAGCAGACUCUAUAUAAAUGAGAGCACUUGUGUAAAGCUUUAAAUGGAGCAUGUAGAUUUAGCAAUUGAGGCUACAGACAAACAUCAGCAUCAUUUGACAACAGAGUUUAAGUCAAAGUCAGCGGCAUGGCAAGAAAACAUAUAUUAAUCAUCCAUAAGAUCAGUAUGCUGCGCUAAAGAAAUUGCACACACAUAAUUAUUCAAAAAACAUUAAAAAGUACAUUUUUUUAGGUAAGGCUACCUUUGCCUGCAUGCACCUGAAUACCUGUACAGGCUAUCAGGAUUGUAAUACUUUUUCAAACAAUGAAAUAAAAUUGUGAUAACAUUGUGCAUAUAUUAUAGAACCACAUAACACAGAAAGCAGACUCAGGUGAGUGAUUUCAUGCUCAGUGUGUUAAUUUUAUAGUCAGGUGAAUGAAUGGAGAUGGGAUGGUUGAGGAAGUGAGACUGAGCGGCUCUCGUGGCAUGCUGGCAGGUAUGCUAUAGAGUAGAGUAGACACAGUCAGGAAACAAUGCUUUCUAGAGCAAAUUAUUUGAAAUGCAACAGUCAUACUUGGAGUUGAAGGGCGUAUAAAUCUGGGAAGCUUCUUGAGUUCUGGAGGGUUCUUGGAGAUGAUGAAGAGUUGGCAGGCAGGGGAACAGGCAGGCGAAUGUGGUGAUCCUUCCGAAAACAUAUACUUAAGUUUCAGAGGCUGGAGGUUCUUAGUAGUGCGGGGUACAGGGAAUUUCAGAGAUUGCCGUUACUAAAAAGAACAUACUCUGGUUUAAACAGAGAAAUUAGAGGACUCGUCAUAGGAGACUGAGUGGGCCUGAGCUUCACCACUGUGGUAAGGACAAUGUGACAAAGAACUGAUGCAACCUGCAGCCCUUGAAAUAUCCUGCACAUAGUCAAUCAGAUGCAGUUGUGGAAGGAAGGAGACAAACUGGAGAGUCCACCUUGUGGUUAGCCAAACACCUGGAGUCAACAGCAGAGUCAUUAAAUUAUACACUUAACUCUUCUGUCACACUUUGGCAGCAUAAUAGCUGCAAAAAGUUUUCAUUCCUCAAUGCAGUGUUAGAGCCAUUUUAUGUUUUUGGUGCUAUUGCAACCUGUCAGCAUAAGAAGAAGCAGUAACGCUACUUGCCACUGUCUCCACACCCAUUUGAUUUAGGUUCAGUAGUGCUUAGGUGUGAUGAAACAGUACAUUGGCAAUCAGUUUUUUGACUGUGUAUCAGUGUGAAUGAGUAUGUAUCAUUAUGUAUGGUUGUGUUAGAUACUUUUGGAUCAAGUUUUGUAUGGACAUUGUUGAAAUCAGAAGAAUAAAUGAUACAUUGUUUUUUUAGGAAGUGGUUAAUGGACACUUAUUUUGCACCCUUAAUAAGAGACAUUGUUUGGAAACUGUUUUGUUAUUUUGUGAUUUUCUUUUUUAAUUUGUAACUGUCAAGAUUUGUAAAUGACUGGACCCCAAACAUAGACUCACAAAACCAUCGUGAAACUCAUUCGGUUGAUGGAUUUAUAAUGACAUAGCUAUUUACAAUGAGCUGGCAAAGAACAAUGUAGCAUAGAGGUGGCAAUCUAGGAGGUUCAUGAGAGAGAGAAAAGUGUAAGUGAUGACGGUUACAAAGGCAAAGGCUCAGAGAAGACAUGGAGAAGCAUUCCUACUGGGUUUACGAGGAUCAGGGCAGGCCCAAACCACCAUGAUGCCCAAAGCAAAACUGAUUGUAAUUCACAGUGCUAAAGCUCAAAGAAUCAGAAAACUAUUUGCACACUUGCGGAAAAAUCAUUCAAAUAACAUUUUGCAAAGUCAGCAACUCCCCCUAAUGGCCACACAGAGAAGCAAUAUAUAAAACCUCAAAGAGCUGCGUAAUUGCAGCAGUGUUGUUUACAUCAUUUCAAGCUCACUUGUGUUCUGCAGCAGGACAGUGAUGCAAAACACAUCAGCAAGUCACCCUCUGGGUGGCUUAAGAAAAACAAAAUGAAGACUUUGGAGUGGCCUUGUCAAAGUCCUUACCUGGAUCCGAUUGACACACUGUGGCAUGACCUUAAAAAGGCCAUUCAUACUCGAAAACCCUCCAAUGUGGCUGACUUACAAGUAUUAAUUACCCCUUUACACACAGGGACAUAUAGGUUUGGCUUUUUUUCGGUAACAAUAAACACAUA